UUUCCUCCUUGUGUUUCUCACCUCUGUUCCAGAGAACGAAAACCUAAACCCAUCUCAUGCCGCCGCCAUCCUCUUCUUCUCCUCGUGUUCUUUCUCAUCCCAAACCCACGUGAACUCCAAAUCCUAUUUCGCUUUCUAAUCGAAAUCCUGAUACGAAUUUCAAGUCCCAUGGCCGCAAUAACGACGAUGGCGAGAAAAGAUGGCCUGAUCCACUGCAAUCGACUAUAGAGAUGCAGAUCCAGAAAGAAGAGAAAUAAAUCACCAACGCCGACAGACGACGAUGACCGAGAAGAAAGCACGGCGGAGACGGAGGACAAAUCCCUCAGCGAUGAUGAGUGAAUCCUAGUCAAGUUUCACGAGUUGCAUGUUCCGAUUUCUGGGUUUUUUUUGUUGAUUUGAGGUUCUGAU